AUGGGUACUCUAGAUAAUUUCGAUGAUACUACUGCUGGCGCCGUUUUAGCCGAUGAUAGCACUGCUGCUACUGAUGAUUACAGCGAAUGGACUAACACUGUGACUACUGCCAUCAAAGAGAGCUGGGAAGAUGAAUUAGUCUCUGGUGCCAAGAGUAUUGCUACCAAGAUUGCUACUGGUGCUGAAAGUGUUGCUACCAAAGUUGCUACUGGAGCUGAAAGUGUUGCUACCAAAGUUGCUACUGGAGCUGAAAGUGUUGCUACUAAAGUAGCAACUGAUGCCAAGAGUGUUGCAACUGAGGGUGCCUCUAAAGUUAAAGAUACCUUUGAUACUACUACAGAUGCUACCUAUGUAGGUAAAUCAUCCAUUGAAGACUCAUUAAAAGUUUCUACUCAAGCUAGUAAUGGCCAAUUUGCAGUUGAACCAUCUGCAACUGUUGUUUCUACAAACGCUAAUGGUGAUGUCACCACUGAAUAUUUAUGGGUUGCUGCAUCUGAAACAGAUAGUAAAGCUGACAAGAAACAUGACAAAACAGAAACUUUAGCUUCCAGUAAUGUGGAAGAAUCAAUCACUUCUGCUAUCGAAUCUGCUACUAGUACCAAAAGUAAAAACGAUAAGAAAAAUUCUAAAGAUGAAAGUGAAACUUCAGGAGCUUCUUCAAAGACCGGUCUAUAUGCUGAUGAACCAUUAAGCACUUUGGUUGGUACUAAUUCAAAUGGUGAAACAUACACUUCUAUGGUCUGGUGGUUACCAUCCUCUGAAAUGACUAAAUUGGUUGCAUCUAAAACUUCAGCUUCAGAUGAUAAAUCUUCAGACAAUGAAUCUUCCACUUCUAAAGAAAAAGCUGACAAGAAGACUAAGGAAAAAUCUAAACAAUCUUCUAGCACAGAAUUUACUACACAUGUUACUACUAUUAAGAGUAAAUACGUUACAACUGAACACGACAAAGCUAAAACUUUAACUACUACCUACAUUGAUACUGAAAUUAGCGCCUUCCAUACUGUUAAAGUAGCUAUGAUUAAAAAUGACACUGCUAACGCUGCUGAUAAGAACGGUGUUGCAUUAGGUGUCGGUGCUGCCUGUAUUGCCGCCUUCUUAUUAUAG